AGGGAUAAUAUAGCUUUAACCCGAAUGUAACAAAUAAGUAUAAAGAUAUGUCUAUGUCUAGAAGUCAGGGCUGCAUUCAGCCCAUUCACCCCGCCUGAAACGUUAUAAGUUAUUUGUUCACUUUGUUGGUGGACUUUACAAGCUUUUACUUAACUUGCAAUGUAUAUGGGUGUGUAAUAUGCAUAUGAAAUCUUGAAACUAAAUUUUGAAGCAGGUAUCUUCAAUCGAUUGAGCUGCAUAUCUGUGCCUAUUUUAGUUUGCAUGACUAUAAAUGGUAUUCAGUUUAUCGUGAGCUUCCAUUGACUGUUAGAACGUCGUAUUUAGAGGGAAAAAAAUAAUACAUAAUUAUAAAGAGUUACGAUUUUAGAGUACAAUGCCAAAAAAAUAUGGUAAUCAUAAUCGAUGUUAUUUUCGUUGCAUUAAUGAUGGUCCGUUGCAUCAUUUUCCAAAUCCUCAAAGUGUAAACAUGGAAGAUAUAAUAAGAUAUUACAAUUGGAAAGCUGUACUAGAUGCAGCGACACAGAGCAAAGGAGAUGAUUUCAUUUAUAAUCAAUUAAGACUUUGUAACCGUCAUUUUAUGGAUUGCUACCAUCUGCCCAGUCGACGUUUGACUAAGAAUUCAAUACCCACCUUGCAUCUAAAUGGUUCAGAUGGAAAUACGGCUGAAUCUCUACUCUACAAUGAACUGUCAGUUCCUAUUAGUGAACCUACAAUACCCAGCUUCAUGGGAAACCGUUUAGUGAACAAGUAUGGGUGGCCACAGAAGGUGUGAAAUUUGUAACAUCAAUGAAGCUUGGCCUACAGGAAAGAAUUUACGUUUUACCGCCUUUCCGCUGAAUCUAGACCGCUGCAGAGAAUGGCUAAAACGAGUGGGUAACGAUGAAUUAGUACAUCUACCAGUGGAAAAGCUGCAUGAGAGGAGACGAGUAUGCUCAAACCACUUUAAAAGGGAAGAUUACAACAAAGUUGGGAACCGUCUGAAUAGGAACGCUAUACCAUCCUUGAAUCUAACUGCCCCACCUCUCACCGAUGAACAAUUGGCAGCGUUCCCUCAACAUGUCUACAGACGUUCAGACUCACAUGAACAUUCACCAGUCAGUGACCAGAGACAAGAUAUCAAGGAACAACAAGAUGAUCUACCACUUGUAGUCCAGCCAGUGCCAUCUACAAGUAAAAAUCCGACGCAUAUCGAUUUCGACCUGACUCAAAUUGGUAUAUUUAUUUAUUUGCUAGCUUUACGCCGCGUGAUCGCGCGCGCUUCUUCCCUUCCUAUAAAUUGUUAUCAAAAUAUUGAAGUUUUUUUAUUUGAAAGUUAAGGAACUUAUUUGUUCUGAUGAUUUUUAACAGACGUUUUUUUGUACCACUGCCAU